AAACUAAUAUUCACGAUAAUUCCGACAGCACGUGAAGGUAGCAUAAUGGCGUAAAAAGUUUCUACUACUGGAUUAUGCGUAAAAUAACAAUUAAAAUUGAAAUUAAAUCAAUUGACGGGACAUCUCAGAGAUUACAGUUUCUUUAAUGAAAUUUCUUUAAUGAAAGUUGGAUAGUAGAGACGAUCAAAAUAUAUGUACGAAUAUAUAAAACGCGUUGGUGACAAUUGUCCCUUCUGGUUAUCCGUAGUGUAAUCAGGAAGUGGUGCAGGCGUAACUGGUUGACAUUGAGCUUUCAUAAAGGUGGUGUUUUAACCAUCAUUUGGAGUUAAAUCGGAUAAAUAAACAGUGAGAUCCCCAUGCUGAGUACCAAGCGUCUAGCUGAUGUGGGCUACCGCGUCUUCUCCGGGUCCAUGAUGCUGCUGACCCUGUACGGAGGCUACCUGUGCACCAUGCGCGGCUACCGCUACAUACAGAGACAGAAGCAGCUCCAACUGGCUGCACAGAAUCAAAACACUGACCCUGAGAUAAUCAAGGACUGAUCACCUGUUCAUACAGGAAUGGCUGGGUCUCAUCUCCUCUUAGCUGGAGGAGGUGAUGGCCAUGGUGAUGAGACCUCAACCACUUUCAUGUAUGGAUGACGAAUAUAUAUCUAAAUGCAGCGUAAAAAUGUUACUUUUUUUGAACUUUGAUUUAUCUUUUGUAAUAUAUUAAAUGGUGUACAAAUUAAA